AAGGUGUUAACAUCAAAAAGAUCGAUCGAUCGAUCGACUAUCUUACGAAUUUCACUUAGAUUCGAUCGAACACUUCUGUUUAUAUUUCUCGUCACGCUCGAGCGUUCUCUGAAGAUCGAAACACACACAGAGGGACAUCCUCGACCGACACAGACGACGAUCUUUCUUCGAGCAGAGGUCAUCGCUAAAGUUGACAGGAUCUCAAAUGAUCAAUAAAUUUCGUAUCACGUGAAUGUAGAAUCGUCGAGAAAGUAGGAAAACCCGAUGCAGAUUCUUUAUGACUACGAUUGGACUGUUCUCCAGUGACGUUCGCCGUCUCGAAGGCGGCUAAAGGAGAAGGGGAGAAGAAGUUGCGGCAGAAACUGUCGAAGAACCACGACGCAUUUAAAUGGCCGGUCGCGUGUUGCUGUGGAUUCAGUUUCCUCGUCGGCUUCUCGAAAUCCGAUUGAAUUUCGUGUUUUUAUACCUGUGUAUAAACCUGCCUUGAUUCGUCUGUUACUCCCACCCACUAUCGUGCAGGACACUUGGCGAAGAACCAAAGUUUUCUGUCGAUAAACAACCGAACAAUUCCUCGUAUUAUAUGAAAUUUGGCUGAUUUUUUUUUCCGGCUUAUUUCAUCGAACAAACGAUGUGUCGCGGAUGCAAGAACAAGUAACUCUCGUCAAGAGACCAAAAAUCAAUUUUCAAGAACGAUUGAGAACCCGGUCGCAAUUAGAGUAUAACGGAUCCGAUUUACAACGUUGGAUUUUAGGGAAACAACUUAUGUUGCAAGCGUUUAAUCCGUUUAUUCGUUGAAAUCACAACUUUGUCUCGAGAUGAUAUCUGCUCGUGUUUACGAAGUAGGUGGAGCGUAAAUCGAAGAAUGAACGAAUCAAACGAUACGGGAGGUGCGAAUCAAGGUAAUCAAUCGGAAGGAUAUGUGAAUCACGCUUUGAGCGGAUCUGGGGAUAGUUUAAAUCUUAAUCACUCGAAUAACUCCCAAAUUUUACGGAAUUCUUUUGCAAACCAUCAAGAAAUACAAGGUUCAUCAGAUUUUAUUCUGGUUACAGAAUCUGGGGAUGAUGAGAUCCACCACAAUGAUAAUUCUGUACACACAGUAUUGCGAUUCGUCAGGCGACGAUGUAGGUCGAUUUGCACAAAGAAAACUGUUUACAAAAGACUGCCAAUUUUAAACUGGUUACCAAGGUACAAUGGACAGGAUGCAAUCGGCGAUCUCGUUGCCGGUGUCACCGUAGGUUUAACUGUGAUUCCACAAUCAUUAGCGUACGCUAAUGUAGCCGGUCUACCACCCCAGCAUGGAUUAUAUGGUAGCAUUUUAGGCUGCUUUAUUUAUAUUAUAUUUGGGUCCUGUAAGGAUGUACCACUUGGGCCAACUGCCAUUAUUUCUUUGCUUACUUACCAGACAGUAGCACAUCUUGAUGCACCGGUGGAGCAUGCUAUUCUUCUUUGCUUUUUGGCUGGAGUAAUAGAAUUAGUAAUGGGUAUAUUUGGUCUUGGAUUUUUAAUCGAUUUUGUAUCAGGUCCUGUUAGUUCAGGGUUUACAUCAGCGGUAGCUUUAAUAAUUGUCACCUCACAAAUAAAAGAUAUCCUUGGUGUUCCUGCAAGGGGAUCACAAUUCCUUGAAAUGUGGAAAAGCAUUAUUGGAUGUAUACACGAAACUUCAGCUUGGGAUGCUACACUUGGAGCAUCUUGUAUAGCAUUUCUAUUACUUUUCAGGCUUCUAGCAUCGUAUAAUAUAGGUCCUAAAGAUAAAGAACAGCAAAAUUCAAAAUAUCAUGCUAUAAAUAAACUGAUUUGGUUAAUUGGUACAUCACGAAAUGCGCUUCUCGUGAUUCUUUGCGGCUUUUUAGGAUACAGUUUCCACACAGAAAGCCCCUUCAAAUUGGUUGGAUACAUACCGGCAGGUAUGCCAGCAGUACAGUUACCACCUUUUAGUUAUACAAGAAAUGACAAUACAACAGCAACUUUUGUUGAUAUGGUUUCAAAUUUGGGAAGUGGUAUUCUCGUUUUACCACUUAUUUCAUUAAUGGAAGAUAUUGCUAUUUGCAAAGCUUUUUCAACUGGAAAAUCAGUUGACGCAACGCAAGAAUUAAUAGCAAUUGGAAUGUCAAAUAUUGGUAAUUCUUUUGUCCAGGCUUUUCCUAGUUCAGGAUCUCUUAGUAGAAGUGCAGUAAACAAUGCAUCUGGAGUUAGAACGCCAAUGGGAGGGAUUUAUACUGGUACUUUGGUAAUAAUAGCUCUUUUCUUUCUCACACCAUACUUCAGCUAUAUUCCAAAGGCUACAUUAGCAGCAAUCAUUAUAGCUGCUGUAAUAUUUAUGGUAGAAGUUAAAGUUGUAAAGCCAAUGUGGAGAACAAAAAAGUCGGAUUUAAUUCCCGGAUUAGGAACGUUUAUUGCAUGCUUAUUGUUACAAUUAGAAAUUGGAAUUUUAUGUGGUAUUGGAAUAAAUAUCUUAUUCAUUCUGUACCAUGCAGCUCGACCGAAAAUAUCUGUAGAAAAGCUUACCACCCGACACGGUACUCAAUAUCUUAUGUUAACACCCGAUCGAUGUUUAAUUUUCCCAUCGGUAGAUUAUGUUCGAAAUUUGGUAACGAAAUACAGUCAACGAGCUGGGAACGUGGCAACCCCGGUUGUAAUCGAUUGUUCUCAUAUUUAUGGUGCCGAUUUUACUGCGGCCACAGUAAUCGAAACUUUAACGAAAGAUUUCGCGUCAAGAGGGCAACCAUUGUUUUUCUAUAAUUUAAAACCUUCUGUUUAUACAGUAUUUGAGGGGGUUGCAUCAACUGACUUUGUCGUAUACUAUACUCAGGAGGCGCUGGACGAUCUCCUAAAAGACAGAGGAUACUUAAAACAAAUUAAAUAGAAUACAUUAUUUAUGUACCUUAAAUUACAUAAUACGAAUUGGAUUACCACAUUAUUUUACGUUAACAGUAGAACCGGUUGUUCAGUAACGUCUUUCUUAUUAUAGAUUUUAUAGGAAGAAGUAUCACACAAAUACUUCUUAUUUUUUCAUUACAUAUUUCCAUUAAUUUUCAACGAAUCGUACCGGGCAUCAUCGCAUUUUAUAUUUAAGAAUGCAUUAAAAUUAAUGUAAUAUUUAUAUUAAAUACAUUACAGUAUAGACAUUUUUAAUGAAUCACGUUUUUAUGUAUUAUAUUAAAAAAACGUCUAGUGUAGGUCUUUAUUACCGUUCAUCCUCAUUAUCUACAUGCAACAAAUGAUGGUGCAAAAAUAAAUUUUAUUACCUCUUCAAAAAUUA